GCAGCAGCGGGGGGACGAGGCUGGAAGACGGGCCAUUGUUCUCCGCGGCUGUAAUGCUCGUUCGGGCCGGGCUGCUUUGUGGUGCGAAAGCAGGGGAGGCUGCGUUUUCUCUCUCUUCCCCCGGGGUCUCACGGGGAGAGCCAGCGGGCUCGGAGCAGCACUUUAGCCGACUUGCUAGCUAACGUCAAGUUGUGAGGAAAAAGUGGACGCGACGCCGGUGGAGGGAAGCUUUAGCCGCCUGGACAGACCUAUGCGACGGAUAUAGCAGGUAAGUGAUGGAGACGAGAGAGUUGAGCGUGGUGGCUGGCAGCUUCGUGGGAUUCCAGCUUCUCUUCUCGGUGGCCAGCCCGCAGCUCUCCUCCGCCAUCACGCCGGGUUAUGGACAGCUGCCUGUCGGGAAGCUCACUGAGUGGAACUCCAGGUUGGUGUCCACCGUGCACGCCUUGAUUGUGGGCUUGUUCUGUUUGUACAUCCUGUGGUUCGACGAUGCGGUCAACGCCAACCCUGUCUGGGGCGACCCCACUCUCGUCAAGCUAAAUGUAGCCAUAACCUGUGGUUACCUCCUUUACGACCUCGUGCUGCUAGCAUGUAACUGGAGCACUAUGGGGGACAGCUUUUUCGUCUGCCACCACUUGGCGGCGCUCUACGCCUACGGAUAUGUGUUGACACGUGGCGUGCUUCCCUACUUUGCCAAUUUUCGUCUCAUUUCAGAGUUGUCCACGCCGUUUGUGAACCAAAGGUGGUUCUUUGAGGCAUUAAAGUACCCCCGCUCACACCGGCUGGUGGUGUUAAACGGCGUGGCCAUGUCGGUGGUGUUCUUCCUGGUGCGCAUUGCCGUCAUGCCGUCCUACUGGGCCAGUGUGUUCGCCACUUUCGGCACGCCGGAGUUCGACCGGCUGGGUCUGGGCGCUCAGGUGGCCUGGAUCACCUCCUGCAUCGCCCUGGAUAUCUUGAACACUAUCUGGAUGUAUAAGAUCACCCGCGGCUGCUACAAAGUCCUGACGGGGAGAGGAGGGCGGAAGGCGAAGGAGGGAGCGGCGGCGGCGGCGGCGUCUCCCUCGGACAAGAAGCACGUCAACAACCACACAGACUGAAGAGAUUAAGAGCAAAAAGGAUAUGUAGACGUGAGCAGGGAGGGAGGCUGGACGCCCAGGAACCUCACAGCCUCUCUCUUCUGCGUCCCCUCCCACCCCCCUCCUCACCCACCCACCCUCAGUCUCAGCCCUUGAUCUCCUUGAAGUCGGCUAGCGGACCGGGCUAAGAGUCCUCAGGUUCUGACCGCGACACGGGACAAGGAGACUGCUCUUUGACUCAAAUCAAGCACCAGCGCUCGCAGUGUUUUUCACUGACAGAUUAGCAUCCUGCUGGGCGAUAGCUUUUCGGUCGCAGACGACAAGGUACAGCUCACAAGCACACUUUUACCACCAUCUGUUCUACUCGCCUCUCCUGUCACCGCCACCACCACCGCUCCUCUGUCGUCUCCUCUUAACACUCGACUUCAGCCAAAGCCCAAUCCUCUGAAGUGCCUGUGGAAAACAGGAAAGCAAUAACAGUGGAGGAUCACUAACAGAGUUUAGCCCCUUCAGAAGAUCUCACUCACUCACCCCCUAAACAACUUCUUCUUCUCAUUCUGCACCCACACCGGAGGAGACGUGGCCUACGGAGGGAAGGACUCUGGCGUCAGAUCCAUACGGUGUUUGUGAAUCUAUAGGGCUCUUGUCUUAAACUCAUCAAAACCUCACGAAAAAAGAGACAGAAAAACACCAUAAUGCCUCUUCUACAGUAUCACCUGCUGUGGCCUCCUUGUAACAAGUGGCGCCUACCUAUAUCACCAGCCAUGCCCCUCCAAGCUCCUGACGAUUUGGAUUUUAUAUUUAGAACACUAAGAAUUAUGCAUGCAGGGGAGAGAAAGACGCCCUCUCCGACAUCCUUCAGCUUCUCGCAGGACGGUUUGUCAGUAUUCAUCGUGGUGGCAUCGCUGUGCUUUUUUUUGUCAGUUACACUCGUCUUUAGUGAAUCCAUGGCAAACCUCUGCCUCACUGGGUAGGGCUCCGCUAUCCAACUUGAACGUUUUUGUUCUACCUCUCCCUCUGCCUUACAAAAGACUGUGUCAGUCGAUUCCUCAUGAGUUAAUCAGCUGUGUUGUUGUUUAUUCUUUUUCACUUUCUGCUUCAAAAACAUGAUCUGUUGUGAUAUCACUGGCUCGGAGGGACUUCUUCUUCCCCUCCCCGUCCCUUCCUCUUCCCUCUUAACCGUCUUCGGAGCUUAUUCCAACAGAGCAGCAUCACUUUAGUGCAUCGACACCCCCAGAGGCUUCUUCCAUGUAUCUCCUCUGUUCUCAGAGAACCUAGCAGAGGAAGGGGAAAAGUUCACACGCACAUGUUUUAUUCUCAAGUUUUCACGUGCACAGGUAGCGUGCAAUCAACACACUGUAUUUGGUGCCCUUUUAAAACGCCAACAUGGUGCUCGUCGUCCUUUUGCAGAAUGUCAGCAACGGGAAUGCUAGCAAUAUACCGUUUUUUUUUUUUCUCUCUCUCUCUCUCCGUCGAGUAAUUCACUCGGACGUACCCGACGUGUGAUCGAACGCAACGUGGCAAUCUGCAUGUGUGUGUUUUCUUUUUCUGUAUAAACUGUAAAAUCAUCACUGUAGAGCAUGGUAACAUAUUUCUGUGAUGCCUUAGUGACUAGUCGAGAUAGAUGAACGACAUCUAAAUAUUAACUGCAUUAAUCAAAAAUGCUUACAAAAGGGGGGGUUUGUCUUCCAAAAUGUUUCUUCCUCUCAGAGCAUACUCAAAAAGCAUGUACGUAUAGAAGUUUUGGAUUAUUUCUCCUCCUCCUCCUCCUCCCUGCAUGUCUGUACAGUAUAUACGCAUACAGCAGCGUCUGCAGGCUGUAUGUCCAACUCACUAAAUGUUACCGCAUUCUCUGUACGCCGGUCGGCUCGACUUACUUUUUACAGGUUCAUUAACAGUCUGCCGUCAGCGGACUCUAAUAGCUGAUGUCGUGACAGACAGAAACACAGGCGGCGUUUCAGGUUUGGGUUUUUAUUUUGUUUUGCCUCACGUGUAGAAAUAGACGAUCUGAAAUGAAACCUACAAAGGAUAAGUUUGUACUCUGCUGUUUACUCGUGUUUUCGAUGGAGAGCGCUCCACCAUUUUAGCGCCGCCGGACGGUUUAUUAAUUAUUAACCGGAAAAAUCUAUGUUUCAGGAUUUGCAUGUCUGAAGCGGAUCGGCGCCAACCCCCACAACGAGUCAUCAGGAAGUCUCGUCAUGACUUUACAAAAAUUUCUCUGGAGUGGAAGUCCUGGUGGUUCCCAAAAAUGGGGGUCGGGGACCCCCUUGGAGGUCAUCAGACGCUGAGUCGGGGCCACAAACAAAUUUAGAAAGGGUGUGUUUUGGCCAUGAGACGAAACAGUAGUUAUGGUUGAACAUUUGAUCAAUUUUGAAACGCUGCACCUUAAACGUUUUCCGUCUGACCCGGUGUUUAAACUGUCAGUUCUUUCUACAAACUCCUGGCGUCAUCCUUGUGUGACCUACUCGUGAUGGUAUCUCAUGAGGUAAUUCUCCAUCACGGGGUUUUAAAGCUGCAAAGCAGAACCGAACCGAAGCUUCACUUUAAAAUAAUAUAAAUCAAAGUGACGCCUACAUUACCCAGCAUGCAACUUGACCAUUGAGCUUGUUGCUAGCCUCGAGGUUCGACAUCCAUUUUUUUGUUCUUCCUUCUCUACCUACACAACCAGACUUUGAUGCGCUAAACUGGUGGAGUCCUCGUUUUUUUUUUGAGAACGCGUGGAUCGGUGUCGUCACUGUGGAAAUCUAAAGCACACACACUCCCUGUGGAGCCGUAAAUCUCUGUGAUCUCCCCGUGUUUCUGUCUGUCACCACAAAGGAGGGGCUACAGUAUCUUGUGCCUUUUUUACACAAAAUCGGUGGAUGUGAUGCAGUCAAGAUUUGGAUUCGCAUGAACUUUCUAAUGUAAUAUCAAUAGGUGAUUAUCUUCCUCUGUAUUCCUCGCGUAUACUCUUGUGUAUAUAUUUUUAUAACCUGCCUGCACAACGAUUAAUCCGGCCAAGUAUUAUAAUCCAAAGCUGAUCCCUCCUGGGGAGCCUGUUUUGUGUUUCGAUUUUUUUUUUUUUUUUCUCGUGCUCUCCCGAGUCGAGGGGGUAUGUCUCUGAAUGUUGCGAUAGGUUAUUUUAGUGGCAUUAAGAUGAUCUCACGUUUGUCCGAGGCGACGCGAAUGGAAACUAUAUUUUUUUUUCUUCGACGUAAAACUCUAUAAGCUAUACAGGUAGUCGACGGGAAGGCUGACAUCUCAUUUCUCUGGCCUCCUAAACUCAAAGCUGUGAAAUAUUCAGUCGGGGAAACUCCGGAGCGUGGGAGACUUUUACUGAGACUCGGCCGACUGUGCUCUCUGGAUGUCUUUUUGAGUUUAGACUGAGACCUGACCCCGUUGUCGGCGUCGGGUCUCGCGCACAAAGUAGAAAGUUAACACAUCUAAGAAGUACGUCGCCCGGUUUGUCCGCGGACUGAGUUUUUGUACUCGUCAGGGUUUUCUACAGAGUCUAUAUAUCUGCGCUCCAUCUCACACCCUGUUUGGAAACAGUUCGAUUCGGCUGCUGUCGUACGGCCACGAUCUCUGUACUAAGUAUUGUAUCAGGUUAGAACUACCAAAUGGCCUCUGUGUCUUUGGGGGAGGCCUGUUCAUUAUAUUCUACGAUAUUUAAAUAUAUAUAUCAAAAAAAAAAAAGAAGGUAUAUAUGAGUCACCUUAAGAUCCUUCCCUGUGAUCAAAGUAUUGACCUCGUAUCGGUACAAUAAAAGCAAAGCUGCACCUGAAUCUGGUAUUUAAACGGUGGUUACACACGGUACGGUCAUUUUUAUUUUGCCCCAUUUUUUUGUUUUUCUUAAGUCUCUGAUUUUCAAAUUUGAUCGUGUGUGUACAAUGAAAUAUAAUCAACUGAAUCUCAAGGAUGACAGCGUUUGUAUACUGUUUAAAAAAAA